GUGACUUUCAGGUGACCGAGAUGAGCAGCCGCGAGGGGCCGGAAAAAAUUGAUAGUGUUAGUCGUUGAGCAGAUAUGUUGCUGCCCAACACCAACGCUUACUUGCCAUGACCGUUCGCCACACCCUCGACUUUCGCUCUCUUGCCCAAGGGCAGAAAGUGACUGUCCCGUUUCUUCUGGAUCAACUGUACAGGCCCAAGUCCAUUAUUGCAGUCGUGAAUGCGGUGAUCGGGAUGUCCCUCUUUGUGCCGGGAACAUUCCCGUCAGCGAUCGUGUUCUUCGUCUGCUCGCGCUGGUUGAGCCGCCAUGGCUCCGAGCAUCCCCGCAGUCCCCUUCGCCGAGCUGCCCAUCGAGAUCCUCCUCAAUGUCUCGACCUUUCUCAGCACACCACGAGACCUUCUGCGCCUUGCCGCAACCAACAUGAGGCUUCGCCAUGCACUGGCCUCCGAAACGGCUGCCCAGCGCUCUCGCUGGAGCUGGGUCGACCGGCUCCUGGACUGUGGUGCAUUGCCGAGCAAUACCAGUCUCGUCUGCUGCUCGCGAGAGGGACAGCUUGACCUGGUCAAGCGUAUCCUCGGCUUUCACCAGCCAUUCGUCUCGAUCGAUGCGAGCGACCGACGUAGCGGCCAUGUCGUCGAUAUCCACUUUCGCGACGACCUUGCGCUGCGGCAAGCCAGCCUCAACGGACACUCAUCUAUCGUGGAGUUGCUGGUCCGGUGUGGUGCAUGGAUCGAGGCCGGCAACAACGAGGCCCUUCGCAAUGCUUGCUCCGCCGGCUGGCUCGAAACCGUCCGGAUCCUGGCCCAAGCCGGGGCUGACAUCCACCUCGACCAGGACGAACCCCUGCUGCUGGCGGUCGAGAGCGGCAAUGCGGCACUCGUCGAGUACCUCAUUCUUCACGGAGCCGACGUCAACACCCAAGGGAGCGCCGCUCUCAGAGCUGUGUGCAAGGACUCUCUGCCCGAGGCCGUCUCGCUCGCAAGGCUGCUGAUCGACUCGGGCGUAGACAUCCAUGCUGCCGAGGAGGAUGCACUCUGUAUGGCUGCCAUGAACGGAAACGUUGGGCUGGUCCAGCUGCUGCUCAGGAACGGUGCCGAUCCGUUCGUCUCGGACCAGAUGCCGCUGAGGCUCGCCGCGGAAUGCAACACCCAUGCUGGUGUUGUCAAGCUGCUGCUUCGGCAGGGAUGCGAUGUGUCUGUUGCGGCAGCGGCAUCUCGCAACAACGAAGUCAAGGACAUACGGUCAUAUCUGCAGCGCCGUCAGCGGCAGCAGGGCCACUCGGACUAUGACUAACAAGCUGCGAGGCCGUCCAAUUGAUCCGCUGGCCUGCAUCUCUGGCUGCCAGGUAGAAAGGAUUCCUCCUCGGGUCAAAUCGCGGUGCUCAAGCCAUGCCAUG